AUGGGUCUAGUUGAGUAUGUGGUAGCCGCCGUGGUGACGAUCUUUGCCGCUGUGUAUGGAGUGAUACUCUUUUUCAGACACCAACCUCGACUCCCAGUUGAAUCAGAAUUGAAAUAUAUAACCAAUGACAAGACACAGAAGACAUAUGACCUUCCCGAACGACUCAGCAGUAGACUGAAACCCUGUGAACGGACCAAGGAGUUGUCGGUGAUUAUUCCCUGCUACAAUGAGACCAAAAGGUUAGGGAAGAUGAUGGAUGAGUGCAUUGAAGUGUUGCGUAAACAGUACGAUCAAGACGACAGUAAGUUUGAGAUCAUUAUAGUUGAUGAUGGAUCUUCAGAUGGCACUGGGGCAUAUGCGCUUCUGUUAGCGGAUGAGUUGGGCUUGAAGCCUCAUACGAUGAAGGUGGUGACCUUGGCUAAGAAUAGAGGGAAAGGUGGAGGAGUUACCCAUGGAUUAUUGUAUUCUAAUGGUAAGUUGAGUCUUUUCGCCGAUGCCGAUGGAGCCACCAGUUUUGGUGACGUUAGUAAGUUGAUCGAUACGUUUAAGCUGUCUCAAGACGAUGAUGACACUAUUGACAUUGUUAACCCAAUGAUAGCCAUUGGAUCAAGGUCUCAUAUGGUUAACACCGAUGCUGUGGUGAAAAGAUCAUUUAUUAGAAACUUGUUGAUGUAUGGAUUGCAUACAUUGGUCUACAUUUUUGGAAUUCGUGAUGUUAAAGAUACUCAAUGUGGAUUCAAGAUGUUCAACGUUGAAAGUGUCAGAAGAAUCUUUCCUCAUAUGCAUACUGAAAGAUGGAUAUUUGAUGUUGAAGUUUUGUUAUUAGGAGAGUUACAAGGGAUCCCCGUUAAGGAAAUUGCUGUUAAUUGGCAAGAAAUUGAUGGAUCCAAAGUGGAUUUAGCUCGAGACUCAAUUGAAAUGGCCAUUGAUUUGGUGGUGACUCGGUUGGCUUACUUACUUGGAGUAUAUAAGUUGGAUGAGUGUGGAAGAUAA